UCUUUGCCCUUAUCACAGCUGGACCCACUGGGGGACCAGGGGGCACAUCCCACCUGCUUCCCACCGAAGGGCACUGACGGCCCCUCUCCAUCCCAGUGCUCCCGCAGCACGUUGCUUUCCACUGUCCUCCUCAGCCUCUUGGUCCUCAGCUUCCUCGUCUUCUUCAAUCUCUGGCGGAGCUCGGCCCUCCACGGCGAUGCCAGAUCUUGGGGUGACACGUGCCGAAUCGUCCUGGUGGAGAGCAUCCCAGAGGGAGUGACCUUCGGCAAUGGUUCUGUGCCAAAUCCAUCCACGUUCUCCACGUGGAUGAACCUCUUGGGGACUGUCACCCACAGCCUGGACAUUGCCUCCUUCUACUGGACCAUGACUAACGAGGACACACGGACACACGAACCCUCCGCUGCCCAGGGUGAACAGAUCUUGAGGGAACUCCUCCAAUUGCCCCAGCGCGGCAUCACCGUCCGAAUCACUGUCAGCCGCCCAUCAGCAAAAUCACCCCUGAAUGAUCUCCGAGCGCUGGAGCAGAGCGGUGCUGUGGUGCGCAUCGUCGAUAUGCCACGGCUCACCGGCGGCGUGCUGCACACCAAGUUUUGGCUCGUUGAUGGCACCCACCUCUACCUUGGGAGUGCCAACAUGGACUGGAGGUCUCUGACCCAGGUGAAGGAGCUCGGUGUUGCUGUCUACAACUGCAGCUGCUUGGCCGAAGAUUUAGGCAAAAUUUUUGAGGCGUAUUGGGCUCUUGGUACUCCUGGUGCUUCCAUCCCGGUACCGUGGCCGGCAAGUUAUUCUACCCCCUUCAAUAUGGAAACGCCACUGGAGUUGAAGCUCAACGACACCGAUGCCGCUGUCUACUUCUCAAGCUCCCCACCAGCGCUCUGUGCCGCCGGUCGGACCCAGGACCUCAGUGCCCUCCUCAGCGUCAUCGAUGCUGCUGAGGCCUUCGUGGACGUUGCAGUUAUGAGCUACCUACCCACCACUGAAUUCUCCCACCCCCAAAGGUUUUGGCCGGCGAUCGAUAACCGGCUGCGGAAAGCCGUCUUUGAGCGCCGGGUCAAGGUGCGGUUGCUGGUGGGUUGCUGGCAGCACAGCCGAGACACCAUGUUCCCGUUCCUCAAAUCCCUUGCCGCCAUUGCCGAUAACCAGACCCACUACAGUGUGGCCGUGCGGCUGUUCGUGGUGCCGGCAAGCGCGGCGCAAGCCCAGAUCCCCUACGCCCGGGUGAACCACAACAAGUACAUGGUGACAGAGAAGGCGGCGUAUAUCGGUGAGCGCGGACCCACCGCCUGCGAAUAGGCGCCGGCUGCUCUUGGGGGCGGGUUUGGGGGGGGUG